GAGAUAUGUCAGGAUCUGAUGUGUCCGACACCAGCGAUGAUGAUGAUACUAGCAAAUCUGAUGAACCAGUCAUUAACAAUGAUGAUGACAGUGAUGAUGAAGAUGAGGAUGAUUUCCCUAUGUCAUCCGAUGAAGAAAUCUGCUCGACAAAUAUAACCAAAUUUCUUGAACAGAAAAAUAAGAAAGAAAUUGAAGAACUGAAAAAGAAAGCAGCCGAUUUAGCUAUGUCAAAGCAAAAACAAAAGCAUGUGAAAAACUUUCCGGACGAUGAUGAUAGCAAAAUGACUGAUCUUAAAGAUAAAAGUGGAAAGAAAUCUAACAUUGGAAAGGAACCUGAAAAGAAAGUUAAAGCUAAAAAGGACCAAAAACAAAUUGAAAAUGAAAAGUUAAAUGGUAAAGAAAAUGUCAAAAAGUCAAGCAAAGUUUUGAAAAAGAAAGAAGAAUUAGAAGAGAGUAGUAGUGAUGAUAAUGAUGAUGAUUAUGAUGAUGAGGAUGUUGAUGAUAUUGGAGAAGAAUUUGAUAUGGAUGCAUCUGACAGUUCUGAUGAUGAAGGUGUACAUAAACCACCGGCUGAAUUAGAGGUGAUGAGUGAUAGUAAUGACGAGGAAGAAGAAGAUGAUGAACCAGCCGAGAAGACAGCUAAGCAAUCAGGAGGAAAAAUACCAGUUACCAUGGCAAUGAUAAAGGAGUGGACUCAGAGAUUCAAGGAGAAGCCAUCACCUGCUUUGAUUCAUGAAGCCGUGUACGCAUUUAAAGCAGCUGUACAACAUACAGCCGUGACUGCUGUGUCUACAAAAUACAAGGUGGAAGGCAGUAAAGUGUAUAAUGCAGUGGUAAGGAUGUGCCUGGUAGAGAUACCAGGGGCUCUUCAGUCCUUCCUGGACCUACCAAAGACCACUGACCUGCAGAAACCAGUACUGCCUAAUAGUAAAAACAAGAGAUGGAAGAAAGUUAGACUUGAUGUCAAAUCAUACUUAGCUGAUGUGUUGAAGCUAUUGACAGAUUUGUCUGAAGCCAACAUGGUGAACGUUCUGCUGAAACAUGUACAUAAACUCGUGGCAUAUUAUGCUACCUUUCCAAAACUCACAAAAGCUGUGUUAAAGGAGAAUGGCGGCAACUAUCUGAAAUUCAGAGCAGAGGAGACAUUUCAAGCAGUUCUAGGCCUUUCUAAUCCAAUUAUACAUGUAAUUUAUAUACAUACACUUCAGCAAAUGUACAUGGCAUAUGUGAGAAACUGUAAAUUUACGUCACCAAACAUGCUACCUAUGAUCAACUUCAUGCAGCGAUCGUACGUUGAAAUCUUAGCAUUAGAUUUCAGCCUGGCCUACCAGUAUGCAUUUAUUUACAUCAGACAGCUUGCUAUACAUCUACGAAAUGCCAUUACAACAAAGAAAAAGGAGUCAUGCCAGGCUGUGUAUAACUGGCAGUUUAUUCACUGUAUAGAACUGUGGAGCCGGGUAUUAAGUGCAACAUAUCCCAAUGAAGUUCUAGAACCACUGAUUUACCCUCUAGUACAAACCAUAACUGGAACCAUAAAACUUAUACCAACUGCGCGUUACUAUCCGCUAAGAUUUCACUGUGUUAAAGCAUUGUCACUAAUUUCAAGAUCGACGAAAACUUUCAUACCAGUGUUGCCGUUCCUUUUAGAG